AUGAUAUCAACAUUGUACCGUAUCAUUACAGCCUUCGGUCCCCCCACGGUCGAGAAGGAUAAUGGCAGUGCUCUGAAAUUCGGUAUCUUGGGAGCUGCGCAAAUUGCACCAAUGACCCUGAUCACGCCAGCAAAAUCGCAUCCGGAAGUCAUCGUACAAGCUGUCGCGGCUAGAGAUCGCAGUCGAGCUGAAGCGUUUGCUAAAAAGCAUGGGGUUCCCGAAGUCAAGGAUUCAUACCAGGACAUCCUCGAUGACCCUAAUAUCGACGCCGUCCUAAUCCCACUUGCCAACAGUUUCCAUUUAGAAUGGUCUAUUCGCGCUAUCCGUGCUGGCAAACACGUGUUGCUCGAAAAACCAUCUGUCAACACAGCAGCCGAGGCCGAGAUUCUUUUCAACAUGCCAGAGCUAUCUCAACCGAAUGCGCCCAUCAUACUAGAAGCUUUUCAUAACCGCUUCCAUCCUGCUGUCCAGCUAUUUCUCUCCUUCAUCAGUCCCCGCGAUGUCGAACACGUGUACACUGAUUGCAUGGUCCCGUGGUGGAUGGUUGAUAAUAACAACAUUGGGUACCAGUACGAGCUUGGCGGAGGCUCUAUGAUGCACCUGGGGACAUACACAUUCGCUAUAUUGCGCAUGAUCUUCAACGACGAGCCAGAAGAGUGUUUAACAUGCAAAGUUGGCACUCUCGAAGAUGGUGUCCAUGAUAAAUGCGACGCUGAUUCAACUACCACAUUUCGGUUUCCCAACGGUGGGAUGGCCGAGGCCAAGAGUACCUUUAGGGGACCGAUAUUAUGGAAGCCUUCGGAAGCCCGUGUGACGCAUCGAGAGGUUUUUGUUGAGGAUAAAUCCUUGCCCGCUACUCAAGAGAAGGUGCGUGUGCGAAAGGUGACGAUACACGGCUUUUUGAAUGCUUUCAUCUGGCAUCGUAUUGACGUCGAAGACUCGUACAUUGUUCGCAACAAGGAAAAUCCACAACAAAUACUGAAGAAAUGGGUUGAGUCCAAAUCACAUAAAGCGUAUUCCUACAAGGAAGCAGGUGGAAAAUGGGCGAAUCUGCCCGGAGAGGACUGGUGGAUGUCCUAUCGCUGGCAACUGGAGGAGUUUGUGAACCGGAUAAAAGGUCGUCAGGCAGCUUUUUGGAUUAGUGGUCAAGAUUCGAUUAACCAGAUGAAAAUGGUGGAUAUGGCGUAUGAGAAGAGCGGAUUGGGCUUGCGGAAAACCGGUUCUUUUCGAUAG